ACCUUGAACUUGCAAGGCAGGCGGUGGCACCACUGAGCUAAAUCCCAGGCCCUCAUUUGUCAUGUUUUGAUGCAGUAUUAUUUGAUGUUCAUACCAGUUCCUUAAUACUGAAUCAUGUCUGAUAACGGAGAACUGGAAGACAAGCCCCCAGCACCUCCCGUGCGAAUGAGCAGUACCAUCUUUAGCACUGGAGGCAAAGAUCCUUUGUCAGCCAAUCACAGUUUAAAACCUUUGCCCUCUGUUCCAGAGGAAAAAAAGCCCAGGAAUAAAAUCAUCUCCAUAUUCUCAGGCACGGAGAAAGGGAGUAGAAAGAAGGAAAAAGAACGGCCAGAGAUUUCUCCUCCAUCUGAUUUUGAGCACACCAUCCAUGUUGGGUUUGAUGCUGUUACUGGAGAAUUUACUGGCAUGCCAGAGCAGUGGGCUCGCUUACUGCAGACCUCCAACAUCACCAAACUAGAGCAAAAGAAGAACCCACAGGCUGUGCUGGACGUCCUCAAGUUCUAUGACUCCAACACGGUGAAGCAGAAGUACCUGAGUUUCACUCCUCCUGAGAAAGAUGGCUUCCCUUCAGGAACACAAGCACUGAAUGCCAAGGGAUCAGAAACAUCAGCAGUGGUGACCGAGGAAGAUGAUGAUGAUGAUGAAGAGGCUGCUCCUCCUGUCAUUGCCCCACGACCCGACCAUACAAAAUCAAUUUACACACGCUCUGUAAUUGACCCCAUCCCUGCACCAGUGGGUGAUUCUCAUGUUGAUAGUGGAGCCAAGUCUACAGACAGACAAAAAAAGAAGACCAAGAUGACAGAUGAAGAGAUUAUGGAGAAAUUAAGAACUAUUGUGAGCAUAGGUGACCCUAAGAAGAAAUACACAAGAUAUGAAAAAAUUGGACAAGGGGCUUCUGGUACAGUUUUCACUGCUACUGAUGUGGCGCUGGGACAGGAGGUUGCUAUCAAACAGAUUAAUUUACAGAAACAACCAAAGAAGGAAUUGAUCAUUAAUGAGAUUAUGGUGAUGAAAGAAUUAAAGAAUCCCAACAUAGUUAACUUCUUGGACAGUUACCUGGUAGGAGACGAGUUGUUUGUAGUCAUGGAGUACCUGGCUGGUGGGUCACUUACGGAUGUUGUCACGGAGACCUGCAUGGAUGAAGCGCAGAUCGCUGCUGUGUGCAGAGAGUGUUUACAGGCAUUGGAGUUUUUACAUGCUAAUCAAGUGAUCCACAGAGACAUCAAAAGUGACAAUGUGCUUUUGGGAAUGGAAGGAUCCGUUAAACUUACCGACUUUGGUUUCUGUGCUCAGAUCACCCCCGAGCAGAGCAAACGCAGCACCAUGGUUGGGACCCCUUACUGGAUGGCCCCCGAGGUGGUCACACGGAAAGCAUAUGGCCCCAAAGUGGAUAUAUGGUCUCUGGGCAUCAUGGCUAUCGAGAUGGUGGAAGGAGAACCUCCAUACCUCAAUGAGAACCCCUUGCGGGCCUUGUACCUGAUAGCAACUAAUGGAACCCCAGAACUUCAGAAUCCGGAGAAACUUUCUCCAAUAUUUCGGGAUUUCUUAAAUCGAUGUUUGGAAAUGGAUGUGGAGAAAAGGGGUUCGGCAAAAGAAUUGUUACAGCAUCCCUUCCUGAAACUAGCCAAACCAUUAUCGAGCCUGACACCACUGAUCAUGGCGGCUAAAGAAGCAAUGAAGAGUAACCGUUAGCAUCACUGCCGUGGCCUCAUGCUCUUUUCUCCAUUUUUCUAAAGAAGUCUUUUAAUAUAUGAAAAUUACUACUCUUGGGAGUUUAAAGAGAUGGUCUGCAUGACAUGGAGGAAAAACACAAACUAGUCCCUGAAGACAGCCAAGAGAAUUUUGAGAUGAACCCUUUCUUUAGGGUCCAAAAGGAGUGGAGGACUGAAUCACUGUGCUUACAUCUUGCAGCAGACAGCCGAGCCGGGCCAUUUAUCAUGCUACUUGCAUUUUAUUUUGCCUACUUCAUUACAGUAGAUCCUGUUUGUUGUCUCCUUUAGGGUGUUUUCAUUACUUGAAUGGCAGAUUUGAGUUUUUCAGAGUAUUUGUUUCAUCUGCUGGUCUUCUGUUCUCCUUCAUAGCUUUCCUUUUCUUUGACUUACUCCAUUUGAGUUGCUUUGAGAAGUUUUUCUCAUGCCUAAAUUCAAGUAUGAUAAAAAUUAUGUAGCUCUUUAUGUUGACAGAGGAGGUUGAUAGGGUUUAACCUUUUUUAGAAGUUAAGACCAGCUAUUGUUACAUGUAAUAUUUCAGCUCAGAACUUGAACUGAAAGAAGGGGUAGAAAAGUAUGUGAUUUUUAAUUUUUUUUUAACAAAUGUGAAAGUCCUUUUUAGAAAUUUCAUGGUAGUGAGUUUGGCAUUUUGUUACAUGUAUAGAAAGACUAAUAAUCUAUAUUUAUAACUAAAUCAUUGAAUCAGAAAAAAAUCCCAUGGACUGUAACAUCCUUACAAUUUUGUCUUCUUUUUUGACCUGUUUUCUCUUUAGAUUUGGCUGGAACCAGAGUUGUUUGCUUUUGCUCCAGUGUGUGUCUUAUGACUUUAGUGCCCCUACCUGCCCUUUUCCCUUCAUCUUGGAAAUAUGUUUCUGUAUAUGUUGUAACUUUAGAUGUUUUUGUUUUGAUUAACCCUCUCACUUCACACAAACUCCCCACUCCCUGUGAAAAUAAUACAAUAACUGUUGAAUUUUCAGAAUUUAAAGUUAACCUUUCUUCCUCCAUUUAAAUGGAAAGAUAUUUGGGGCUAGCAAAAACAAAAUGAAACUUGGACCUUGGUGAGUUCUAAAAUAGAAUUAUGAGAGAAAUGUCAGUAUUACAGACAUGCAGCUUAUGACUGGCAGAGUAAGAAUUUGUAAGUUCCAAUGUUACUAGCCCAUUACCAAUGUUUUACUAUUAGGACUUACUGUUGAUGGAUUCAUUUGAGAUACUGAAUUAUUUUACUUUUUGUUUAUGUUUUUUCAAAUAAGUAGAGAGUAUUCAUGUUUUUAAAAA